GCUUCCUUAUUCCAUCGAAAUUGUUAUCCCUACAAAGCACGCCAAAAAUAGGGCAUUGCAUGAAAUUGCUAUUGCUGCGACCUUGAAAGAAUGAGUUCAGGUCAGUCAACUGUGCCAAUUGCUUCUGGCCAGUCUGGAACAAAUGUAGGUGGGAAUGCUCAACAGACUGCGGGUUCUGAGCCCGAAGAGGUAUGGGAUGAAGCAAAACUCGAGCAGGCGAUGAAAACUCUAAAGGAAAUGCAUAUUCAAUGUCGCAAUCUACGAUCUACAAUUCCAAGACUACUUACGCCUUUAGCAACAAAGCAACAAUCACCCGAGCAGCUAUUUUCUUCCUUUCAGCAAGCUGCAACAACUUCAAAUAAGGAAGUACGAGAUUUCACACGGUUGAUGAAGGAUGAAGAGGGUGUGAAGCUCUUUGAGCAUGCAAAGAAGAGUCGAGCUGAGAACCCACAUGGGAUAAAGCCAUGGAGAGUUACAGAACAUCCUGAUUGGCUUGAUAGAGAUGCAUGAUAUUCUCUCCACGAUAAUACGUUUCGACACAUUCAGACGGGAAAAUGGGCUAUCAAAUCUAGGCGUAUCUGUGGAAUUUUGGGUAGAGGGCAGGUCUUGGGAUAUCCGGUAUUAGGGGGGGCGUCAGGCAAUUUUGGUAGCGCACGACGGGAAACAUAUAUUUCGAUAUCCCAACAGCCUAGAGCGUGGUGCUGCUAAUAAAAGCAACAGUAUCCUUUUCCUAUUCUAACACUUAAUCAUGUAUCUUCUUGCAUAUAUCUACGUACAUAAUUCCGGCUUCACUGCACAUGAUUUUUUAGAGAAACUUUGAGCAUUCUUCAAAGGUAUUUAGCCACUAUUAGGCAUUUCAAAUGUUCAAUGUUCCCGAGCUCAGGCCAUAUCA